AUGGGCUGCGGUAUAGGGGCGGGCUGCGGGAUGCGCGAUUCAGACGCGGCCGACGAUAAGCGAGAGGAACUUCCAGCCACUCUAGCGCUUCGGAUAGAAGCUUGUUGUCCCGGAAGGCGUGGGCGCCUAGAGUGGGUAGCAGAGGGCUCUUCGGUUUGCUCGUCGUUGAGGUCGAUUGAUUGCGAGCCGCUGCCACUGCUGCAGUGCCUUCACGUCGGCUUCGCUUCGGCAACUCUCAGCAUUGAGCAGGUUGUUCUCGUAUAUGCCCGCGAACCGCUUGGUGACCGUCAAAAUCCUACACCACUUUUUGCAAAGCUGUUCCCCGUCACGCGGUUUGGCGUCUUGAGCAAUGGACUCCGCUUUGGUGUAGAGCGUGACCCGUUUACCGUCGGCUUCUGGCCUCGCUGCCUCGCCGCCCUCACCGCCACCGCCGGUGCUGCCCGAGCCGUCACCACCGCCGCCACCUUCCUUGCUGCCGGCGCCGCUGCCACCGCGGCUACCGCCUCUUUCGCCGCCCCCGCCGCCACUGCUUCCACCCGCUCUCGUCGGAACGGGCGUAUCUACGCACGCUGUCGGCGUAUCCGAGAAAUUUAUUUCUUUUUAUUGCGCCGAUUAUAUAACCGUUUCUGCCGAAUAGAUGGCACUUUUUUUAGCAGAAAUGGCUACGCUCUCUUCCUUUUCCCCGCACCUAUUACUGCACCGUCUUAUCCGCCGCGCCGUCCCGCCGCGCCGUCACGUCUCCUCGCCGCUGAUACUACCUACUCCCGCAAUCGAAGUGCAUCAGCCACCGUAUACUCCCAAUCCAGAAAAUCCUAUCCUCUCCCCCGAGCGGCGCCGUCAUUCACCUCCUCUCGCUUAAUCCUCUCCUCUUUCUCCUCCUCGUCGCGCUCGAAUACCCAGCUGAGAUUUUCAAGUGAUGCAGUUUUGCUAGAGAAUGUACAAUUUGAACCGGAAGGAGAAAUUUAUUCAGCUUUGCUGGAUAAUGUACAGACUGAAUCGGAAGGGGAAGUCGACGCAGUUUCUGCUUCUGCUAUUGCGGAGGUUUCGAAUUCUGAGGUGAUUAAAACCGCUCCUCGGCCACCUCUCCCCCCGCCGCCUCCGCCGCCGUGUCUUAGCGUGAAGGAGAAGAAGGACCUGGGUUCCUUCGCGCACAGUUUGGAGAAAAAGCUGAAGUCGCAGCAGGUCGGGAAAUCUGGCGUCACAGACACUGUUAUUGGCGCGUUGAUUGAAACGCUUGAAAAAAAUGAGCUUCUCAAGUUGAAGAUACACGGUACAUGCCCUGGAGAAUUAGAAGAUGCUGUGAAGCAGUUAGAAGAAAGCACGGGCUCACUAGUCGUUGGCCAAAUUGGUAGAACCGUGAUUCUCUACCGGCCCAGCCUGAGUAAGCAAAAAGCUGAGGAGAAAAAGAAACAAGUUCAGAAGGACCUUUUGAGACGACAAGCGGCAUUCAAACAAUCUUCUCAUGUCUGUUUUUUAUUCCCCGAGACUUGUUCUGGUUAUAGUGUUUUGAAUAGUAAAAGAUCAAGCUGGACUCUUCGUUUAACGCACCAUUCUCUGAAUUUGUUGAUGCCUGUUGGAACUUUUCUAUUGUUGCAAUGGCCUUUAAACAAGAGUAGGAGACCAGCAGCUGUGCCAGGGCAAGAACCAAGCUGGCCAAGACAAGCUGGUCGUGGUAGGCGAGGAACUAGCAGAGUAUGAGGGAUGAGAAGAAUCCAUUCUGAUGUAGCUGGUUUGGAAUUGGAUGAACCAAAAUCCUGACCUCAUUGCAGAGUGCAGACAAUGACUUUUGUUGAGUUUGAGCUGAUGAAGUGGUCUGAUAUUGUCUUUUGUAGUUCAAGGUCCACAGCUUUUCUGCUUGCAAGAAUUUUAGGAUUCAUGAAUAGAAAAAAAUGGUUAUGAAAAUUGGUUUCUUAA